CAACCCGCCUGCCCGGCCAGCCCAGCCCAGCCCGGCGGCCCGCAGCCCCGCCGUCCGCCGCCCCCCGCCGCCGCCGCGUUGCCAAAACAAACGGGCCGGCCUAUUUAUUGGCGGCGGGCGAGCCGGGCAGCUCAGAGUCGAGGCGCCGAGGGGGCAGCUCGCCGCCACCAGCCAGGGCCCCGGGCCCCCGCCCCGCACCUGAGUCCGGCCGGCCCUGCGCCACGCCGCGCAGCCCAUGGCGCCCCCACCUGGAGCCCCCCGGAGCCACCCCGACGCCUGAGCCCCCGCAGGGCCCGGGUCGACUCGCCCACCUACCAGCCCACCAGGCGCCCUCGCCCGCCGCGCUCCCGGGCUCCCGGCCAUGUCUCCCGCCCGGCUCCGGCCCCGACUGCGGGUCUGCCUGCUCCUGCUGCUGCUGCUGGUGCCGGCGGCGCGGGGCUGCGGGCCGGGCCGGGUGGUGGGCAGCCGGCGGCGGCCGCCGCGCAAGCUCGUGCCACUCGCCUAUAAGCAAUUCAGCCCCAACGUGCCCGAGAAGACCCUGGGCGCCAGCGGGCGCUAUGAAGGCAAGAUCGCGCGCAGCUCGGAGCGCUUCAAGGAGCUCACCCCCAAUUACAAUCCCGACAUCAUCUUCAAGGACGAGGAGAACACGGGCGCCGACCGCCUCAUGACCCAGCGCUGCAAGGACCGCCUGAACUCCCUGGCCAUCUCGGUGAUGAACCAGUGGCCCGGCGUGAAGCUGCGGGUGACCGAGGGCUGGGACGAGGACGGCCACCACUCGGAGGAGUCGCUGCACUACGAGGGCCGCGCAGUGGACAUCACCACGUCGGACCGCGACCGCAAUAAGUACGGACUGCUGGCGCGCUUGGCAGUGGAGGCCGGCUUCGACUGGGUGUAUUACGAGUCGAAGGCCCACGUGCAUUGCUCCGUCAAGUCCGAACACUCAGCGGCAGCCAAGACAGGCGGCUGCUUCCCUGCUGGAGCCCAGGUGCGCCUGGAGAGUGGGGCACGUGUGGCUCUGUCAGCCGUGAGGCCGGGAGACCGGGUGCUGGCCAUGGGGGAGGAUGGGAACCCCACCUUCAGCGAAGUGCUCAUUUUCCUGGAUCGGGAGCCAAAUAGGCUGAGGGUCUUCCAGGUCAUCGAGACCCAGGACCCCCCAAGACGCCUGGCACUCACACCCGCCCACCUGCUUUUCACCGCCAACAAUCACACAGAACCAGCAGCCCACUUCCGGGCCACGUUUGCCAGUCAAGUGCAGCCUGGCCAGUAUGUGCUGGUGGCUGGGGCGCCCGGCCUGCAGCCUGCCCGAGUGGCAGCUGUCUCCACACACAUUGCCCUUGGGGCCUACGCCCCGCUGACGAGGCAUGGGACGCUGGUGGUAGAGGACGUGGUGGCCUCCUGCUUCGCAGCCGUGGCUGACCACCACCUGGCUCACUUGGCCUUCUGGCCCCUGAGACUGUUUCACAGCUUGACAUGGGGCAGCUGGACCCCGGGGGAGGGUGUGCACUGGUACCCCCAACUUCUCUACCGCCUGGGACGGCUCUUGUUGGAAGAGAGCAGCUUUCACUCGCUGGGCGUGGCUGGGCCAGGCAGCUGAAAAGAUCCCUCCACUGUCCUCCCGGAACUGCCCAACUGGAGCCAAAGGCCUCCCCACCAGGAGGGCCCUGGCCCUGGAAGGGACCUGAGUGUGGGGGACUGGAUCCCACCAUCUCCUCCACCACAGAGAUAGACCAUUGAGACUUGACUGGGCGAUGCCAGCAUCCCCCCCCCACCCCCCAUCCUGAUGUGGUGACAGAGAUGCAAGCUGAGCUGGCAAGGAGAGUGGUCUGUCCUUCUAACCUAUAGACCUCCAGGCUGGCACAAUGGGUCCCAACCCAACCGGCUCUCACCACGAUUCUUCAUACCUGCCUCCCCCAAUGGGGAGAACCCAUUCCAUCUGUCUUAAGCCCCCCUUCAGUGGGCUUGCACCUCAGUUGAUGCUGCUAGAUUCCCUGGGAGCCAGCAGGGAGCUGGCCGGACUCAGCACUGCCUGGAGCUGCCAGUGCUGCCUGGAAGGCCGCAGAGUGGGGCAGCCGUCCUGGCCAUCCUGAGACACGUCCUUCCUCCCAGGCCACACUCCUCGGGACAUACCCAGAGACUGUUGUUGUCAGUGGGCAGAGUUCUGUGUUCCAGCCAAUGUGAUCAUAGCGCCCGGGCCCAGGGGAGUGAGCUCCAUGUUCUUGCCACCCCUGCCCAGGCUCGGCCCCCUCCUCUGCUGAACCAUGACCCCCACCCCUCCUCUGGUCAGUCUCCCCCACCUUAUUUAUUGGCGCCAAGGGGGAAGCCCAUGGGAGAAUUUGGGGGAUGUUUUGGUCUUUUCUUCCUUUUGUAAUAAAAAUUAUUUAAGUUGUUAGA